AUGGCAGGCGACUUCCCAAUCCAACAAGAAAAUGUGGAAAUUCAGGUGAAUCAACCAGAAACAAUGGAUCAGGGAAAGAUCCAGAAGCCACAAGAGAGUGUGGGAAAGGUGAAAGUGAUCAACACUUGUAAUGUGAAGCCUAGGAAGGCACUGGGGAGGAAAGAAUGUCAACUUGUCACGUUUGAUCUCCCGUACUUGGCUUUUUACUACAACCAAAAACUGAUGGUCUAUAAAGGGUCCGACCCGUUUGAGAAAUCCGUGGAAGAAUUGAAAGCCAGCCUCAGCAUUGUGCUGGAGGAUUUCUACCAGUUGGCCGGAAAGCUGGGGAAGGAUGAAGAAGGAGUGUUCAGGGUGGAUUACGAUGAUGACAUGGACGGCGCGGAGGUGGUGGUGGCAGCGGCGGAGGAGAUUUCUGUGGCGGAUUUGACUGAUGAAGAAGGAUCCGCCAAGUUUAAGGAGCUCAUUCCUUACAACAAUGUCCUUAACUUGGAAGGACUCCAUCGUCCUCUUCUGUCUGUCCAGUUGACUAAGCUCAAGGAUGGACUAUCGAUCGGUUGUGCGUUCAAUCAUGCCGUUCUGGAUGGUACCUCCACGUGGCAUUUCAUGAGCUCGUGGGCCCAGAUAAGCAGCGGGUCCACCUCCAUCUCCGUUCCACCGUUCCUCGACCGAACCAAAUCCCGUAACACAAGAGUCAAGCUCAACCUCAGCAAGCCAUCCGACGCCCCAGAGCAUGCCAAGUCAGCAGAAACCAACGGCGAUGCCCAUUGCAAGGAGGCCCCACAGCUCAGGGAGAAAGUCUUCAGGUUCUCCGAGGCAGCUAUUGACCAGAUUAAGUCCAAAGUCAAUGCCAAUCCACCUGAGGGGUCAAACCCGUUCUCUACAUUCCAGUCUCUCUCCACACACGUGUGGCACGCAGUCACACGUGCCCGCCAACUCAAGCCGGAGGAUUACACCGUCUUCACCGUCUUCGCCGACUGCCGGAAGAGGGUCGACCCACCCAUGCCCGAUAGCUACUUCGGAAACCUCAUCCAGGCCAUUUUCACCGUGACUGCAGCCGGGUUGUUGCUGGCAAACCCGCCUGAAUUCGGGGCGGAUUUGAUCCAGAAAGCCAUCGUGAACCAUAACUCCAAGGCCAUUGACGAACGUAACAAGGAGUGGGAGAGCAACCCAAAGAUAUUUGAGUUCAAAGAUGCUGGGAUCAACUGCGUGGCGGUUGGAAGCUCGCCCCGCUUCAAGGUUUAUGAUGUGGAUUUCGGGUUCGGGAAGCCCGAAGUUGUGAGGAGCGGGCCGAACAACAGGUUUGAUGGAAUGGUUUAUCUGUAUCAAGGGAAGAACGGAGGAAGGAGCAUUGAUGUGGAGAUCACUUUGGAGGCCAAUGCCAUGGAGAAGUUGGAGAAGGACAAGGAGUUCCUCAUUGAGGCCUAA